UCUUACAUUCAACAUUAUUAAAAAAAAAAGUAUAUGUGCUGGAAUACACUUUUAUAUGAACAUGUUCAUAAAAAUAUAAUGACUAGUUAAGUCGCUUGUAAAUAAUCUUCCAUUUGUAUGAAUAGAACAGAACCUUAAUAAAUCCCUGCAUCAUUGGUUAAAGGCACAUCGUAUGCUGCAUUUCCAGUUCUUCUUGAAGCAAGGAGAGAGGUGUGUCCUUUCAAAGUCAGAGCGCAGCUUUAUCAGCAUACCUGGCUCCUCAGUUGUAUUGCUACACAGCACACUGACACAGAGCCAGUGUUCCUGGUGAGGGCAGGCUAAUGCUACCACGGCAGAAAGAAGGAACCACAUACAACUUGGAGCUUGUGAUUGUGAGUCAUUUCAGGUUUGGACAAAGUACACGGCAUUCCUGGAGGAGGUUUGUCAGACAACACACCAGGGCUUUUAUUUUGACGGUUGGAAGCUGAAGUGCUGUCGCCUGCUCCUCGCUGCCUUGACUCUGACUGAGAGUCUGGUAACUGCAUAGAAAAUGGAGUGUCAGUGUGACAAGGAUGGGGAUGUUGUGCCAGGCUGGUGGCUGGGCGGCAACAGCUUCCAGAUGGGAGGUUUUGCUGUGGUCGGAUAUCUUCUCUACCGAUUCUCCCAGACGCUCCCAGCUCUGAUCCGAUGGCCCAUUCGUCUCUUCUGCUCUUUAACUGGUCUGUCAGCUCUGUGGGGCUGGGUGAGCCACCUCGUGCGAACACUGCGCGGUAUCAAGAGGUUUAUCAAAUUCAUGUCCUGGAUGUGGCGGUGUAUCGUAGGAUCAUCCACAGACGGAGACAUGAGCAAUCCUAGCAGUAAACCAGGCUUAAGGCUGAUCCUCAUUGGGCCCACUGGUGGAGGACGGACCACCUUGCUUAAUACUUUGCUGGGCAACAGUGACAAAAAUGCACCAAAGGGUCUCCUUUUAAAUUGCACCAAGCAAAUGACAGUAUUGGACGGUAGAGAGGUUACACUGAUCGACACCCCGGAUAUUCUUGGGUCAUCACUUGGGAUCAACAGAAGAGCCAGGGAGGCUUUAAGGAGCCUUCAGCUUGUGAGUCCUGGACCACACGCCUUCCUGCUGGUGCUCCAGGCUCCAGGCUCCAGCAUGGGGAUCGGCCACGACGCUAACCAGGCGAUGCAAGCCAUGCUAGAGCUGUUUGGGGAGGGGGUCGUUGGUCACAUCAUCCCGGUGCUCACCCACGCAGACAGGCUGGAUGGGAGGCUCACUGUGGAUCAGCUGCUGAAGGUGGACACCGGGGGUCUGAGAAGGGCUGUGUCUCUGUGCGGCCAGAAGCCUGAGCUGGUGAACAACAGGCCAGACUGCCCCCCCGAGGAACAGAGUGCGACGCGCAGGCAGCUGGUGGAGCGGGUGAUGGAGCUGAAGGAUGUGAAGGGGUAUUUCGUCCACGAGCUGCAGAGGAGGGAGGACCGGAUCAAGGAGGAGCUGCUGAAUGACAUGGCCUCUGCACUGGCAGGAAAACUAGGACACAUGUGAAUGGAGGAGAAGGAGCCUCGGUGUAGUUGGUGUGUGAAACAGUUACUAGGGCAGUGGGUAAAAUAAGGACAAGAGAUUAAUUUGUGUGUUAAACAUUCUAUUUUGACUUCAAGUGUAAGGUUGAUUCCCUAUUUGAGGUAUUUCCCCCCCCCCCCCCUGCUGGUUUACCCUUGUCCAAAUGAAUUUACUACUCAUGGUGGACGGUUGGUUUUCAACAUGACACAGAUGCUUGUGGUUGAAACUCAUGGUCACACAAACUUAAUUUUCCUAUUCUGAUGUGUUGAAAUUCUUGAAUGUCUGCAUAUUGUUCAGUGUGAGCCUGUGCCUCAUGUUUUCAUACUCUGCUCCAGCCCUCCUCUAUCUUCUAUAAUGUAUGAAAGAUAUGAAACUUUAAAGACGAUUGGGGGAAAUAAACUGAAGUCACAUUGGGACUAGAGUUCAGCAGCAGUUCUGAGUGCACUCUGGGCUUUGUCCAGAAGCCUCUGAAAUGACAUUUAGUCCAAAAAUAUAACAUUACUCAAUUGAAUUACUGGUGAUACAGACUAUAUUCAUGUAGCUGAGUUCAGAGGAGAUUUUUAACAUAUUAGCAACAGAUUCAUGUUUCAUUUACCCCUUCAUUGUUACUUGUCAUUUGCAGAAUUGUCAGAUCUUAAACCACAAAUUAGAACAGGAAAGUGGUUCUGACCGUGAUGAGAAACAGGACUUUACAAACAGACCCCUUAGCUUCCUCAUGACCCUAAUAAUAUUAAUAAUAAUGAUAAUGAUGAGUAUUAUACUUUUUAUUUAAAUUGAUAUUUUUUAGACCCUUUACAUAGGUUUAAAAUGUAGAAUGCAAAUAAAAGCAAAUUACUAAAACUAUCAUAUAAAUGUCUUAAUUGUACAGAAUUAGAGAUCUCACCAUCUUAAGUCUAUUAAUGCUUUACAUUAGGGAACCCACCAAAACCUUGGUCAGAAGCAAUUAUCUCUGUCAUACAUAAGCAAAGCAAAGACCCAGCUUCAUGUGGGGGUUUAGACCUGUUAGCUUGCUCUGCCUAAAAAUAUUUUCUAGCAUAUUGGCACACACAGUUCAUAAAUAUAUAACUAAAUGAAUCAAACUGGGUCAAACAGGUUUUAUGCCUGGCAGACAGGGUGCUAACAAUAUUAGGAGAACAUUUAAUAUUAUAUAAUGUACCAAAAACACCUCCCAGCCCCCUAUGAUGCUCAGUUUAGAUGCACAGUAGGUAUUGGCUGAAUCUGAUUUAGGUUUCAUUAAACCUUCAUAGAGUGGCUGAAAAUAGGAUAUAUCAACAUUUGAUUUGAUUGGAAGGUGAAAAUUAGAUUUUUCUAUCACCUCAAAGUAGAGUCAUAGCUCAGAUCUAUGUUGGAGGGGCUGUGGGUUGGUUGGGGAGAUUUACACACUUAUUCUGGGAGUGCCUAAAGCUCCUGGAUUUCUGGAAGAACGUUCAAAAAGAGAUUAAACUGAUUUUGGGUAUUAACUUAACUCUAGAUCCUGGACUUUAUAUAUUAGGCACUAAUAUCCCUGAUUAUGUGACAGACAGGGACUUGAUUUCUUUAAUGAGAACUCCGCUCUUAAUAGCAAAGAAAAUUAUAACAUGGAGGAAAUCACAGCAAGAUUACAGCUGAAAACUGACAGGUUUAUUGAAAGAUGGUCAUCUGUAAUGCAUCUAAUGCCAGAGCUCUAGUCCCCUCUUUUCUUUUCUUUUCUUUUAUGUGCUUAUCUCCUUGUUACUAUCUUUACUUGUAUUUCUCAUUACGGAUACAUCUCUCAUUUAAGUUUUGUCUCAGGGUUAAACCAUAAAAUAUGUUUAUUGAAUACUGUAAUUAUUAUAUCUGUUUGUCAAGGAUGUGUAAGUAUGGCCUUAAGAACCAAAGAAGUGAUUGCUGCCAACAUGUAGAAGAGUAUGGUUAUAAGCAUCUCCAUGUUGUUUGUUGGUUAUGUUAUAUGUGUUGAAUAGCAAAUAUGCUCCAAAAAUAAAAAAUGCAGUUCUGAA